UCUGUGGCGGGACUUUCCUGUAUUUGUUGCAUUGCUCCUAGGCAAACAGUGACGCCGACCUAGGAACCUCGACCUCGACCACAUCCCCAAUUUCCGUCGUUCUAGGUCACUAGAUCACUGCCCAUGGUUGCCGCCGCUCUUCUGGGUGGCCUGCAGGGCGCCUGCCCGCUGGUUGCCGGCAAGCGGAGCGCUCGCCGGGCAUGCGUUCCCAAGGCGCAGCUCCACGAUAGCCAGCGCCCGAAGGGCUGGGACCGGCCAUGGAUCCAGGCGAACUCGCAGCCUAUUGUGGCUCCUAGGACCGCGGAAAUGCAGGGCGACCCCUUUGGCCUGCUGCUGCGGCAGCGCAUCGUGUUUCUGGGCGGCGAGGUGGAGGACUUCGGUGCCGACGCCAUUAUUAGCCAGCUGCUGCUCCUAGACUCCCAGGACCCCACCAAGGACAUCAAGAUUUUUAUCAACUCUCCCGGUGGCUCCGUCACCGCGGGCAUGGGCAUCUAUGACGCGAUGAUGCUCUGCCGCGCGGACGUCAACACCUACUGCUUCGGCCUGGCGGCGUCCAUGGGUGCUUUCCUGCUCGGCGCGGGCAAGCGCGGCAAGCGCAACAGCAUGCCCAACUCCCGCAUCAUGAUUCACCAGCCCCUCGGUGGCGCCAGCGGCCAGGCCGUGGAUAUUGAGAUCCAGGCCAAGGAGAUCAUGUACCACAAGGCCAACCUGAACCGCAUCAUGGCCGACUACUGCCAGCAGCCGCUGUCCAAGAUCGAGGAGGACACGGACCGCGACCGCUACAUGAGCCCGCUGGAGGCCAAGGAGUACGGCCUGAUCGACCACAUCAUCGGCGGCGAGGAGGCGGUGUUCAACGUCAAGGGCAGCCUCAAGAAGUUCCCCAAGAUCAAGGAGGAGUUUGUGACGGACAAGGACGACAUGGUCAAGCGCAACAUCAUGGACGGCGACCCGUUCCUGUCGGAGACGCCCUCGUGGCGCUUCAAGAGCCCGCAGACGGAGCCUUACAUGCCCAGCCAGGCGCCAGGCUCUCGCUGGUUCCGGACGCGGAAGGUGUCCAAGGAGGACUACAAGGAGAUGCAGGAGCAGCGCCAGGCGGAGCUCAUGGCUGAGUCCGACGACGGCAAGAAGUCCGUGAAGGACCGCAUCGAUGACGCCUGGUAAAGCAGCACCAGCUGCAGGGCUUUGGGCGUGGAGUGAGCAGGUGGAGCGCUGGAGCGCUGGAGGCUGUGCGAUUCCGGCGGGCAGAGCCCGGUGUGGACGGCCGAAUAUGGGCGGAACGUGCCAGAGGAAUUGGAAGGCAUGGCAAAGCCGUGCUGUGUACGGCACCACGUGGCAGUGCGCAGCAUAGGUGGUGGCUGUGGUCAAGGGUCUAAUUUAGGGUGUAGCUUGAGAGACUUGGUGUGAGCCGCGGAUGUGGGUCGCGUGUACGGGGCGGCUGCAGCAGCUGAGCACGCCUUUUUGGUGGCACGCCCGUAUGCCGUAGGGCGCGUGAACGGAUGUAGGGGGCCAAGCGGUCUCAGUCGCAAGCCGCGGAGGCCCUGGGUGGAGUGAAGGAUGGAGAUGCUUAGGGAAUGCCAGGUACGCGUGGUUGGGAAGCGUGGGUGCUGGAGGUGUGGGUUUGGGCGCGGUGCUGGAGGUGGAGCGGCCUUCCAAUGGUCCGAGGUGUUCGGAUGCGAGCCUGUCGCAACACCGCUGUAAAUGAACAUCGUC